AUGGGUUCCCCAGGACUAGCGUCUCAGGCCUCGCCGCCGGUUUCGAACCCGGAGCACGCGAUCGCCACUCAGUCAACCAACCCGGACCAGGAGGUCUCUCCCGAGUAUGGCGCGACCUUCACAUUCUUCCCGAGGCUUCCUAUCGAACUACGAAGAAUGAUCUGGGAACUCGCUGUUGCCAGUGUUGAUACUCCUCCAGCAGUGGUUGAAUUAUAUCUCGAGGACAAUGUGGCUCGAAAGGCCUCUUACUGUACACGGGCCGAACUGGUGUAUGCGCCCACCGCCCUGAAUGUAUCACAUUCCAAUUCGGAGGCGCGAGAUGUUAUUCGUACCAUCGAGAAGAAACAAAACUGGACGGAAGCGACGCUGCCUAACGGCCACGGGAUCCCGUGGGGCUUGCAUGAGAAAGUUUUGGUCCUGCACUAUCAUGAGAUUAUGAAAGAAGAUCUAGGACAAGACGUUGGUUGGCUAAUUGUGGAAUUUCUCGGAAAUUGGCCUCCCGCAAUGGGCCUCAUCUAUGACAUGCAGCAUGUUGUCGUGUCCAUGAAGGCUGCGUACGAGGCCGCGGUUUCGGCGGAUGAGCAGUAUCGGUACAGUGACAUUGAAAUAACUCUUGUCACCUUCUGGGGUCAGAUGAGCAACGCGACUCGUGGCGAAUUUCGCUACGAGAUGCUGAUCGACGACUACGACACGAAAGAAGGACUACCAACGAAGUUUCUAGAAACAGUCACGCCGGUUACUCCCGGAGUUUCCGAGGCUCAGAGGGAUAUGAUGACUAUUACCCUACGAUUGUUCGCGGAAUGGGAUGACGCUAUGAAGACGCGCGAGGCGGAUGGCGACCCUGUUGACUUGAAACCGCCCCUGCCAGGCGAACGAGGGUUCGUGACGUGGGCUCCAGCUUCUGCCGAGGCUUCACCUUCGGGACCCAGUCCUGCAAGAGACAACUCACAGUUCCUCACGAUACGCCUGAUCCCGGGUGCGAUAUAG